AUGCUCUUGAUCUUGCUGUUGAACUUCAAUGCAGCAAUAGAUCAUCGCCAAGAUGUUCAAUUUUGUGAAGUCUUCGCUGGCCAGGGUGAAGUGACCAAAUCACUGAGGGCCCUGGGAUUGAAGGGUACAUGCCACGACAUCUCCUAUUCGCACGAGUACAUGGAUUUGACAUCCACUGUGGGGUUCCUGUUGGUGCUCAAUGAGCUUCGCCGCACUGUGCCGGGAGCAAUCUGCGUGUUUGCACUCUGCUGCAAUUCGUUUUGCAGAAUGAGCCGCAGCUCGAGUGGCCGCCAUGUGCUCUUCCCUUUGGGCUUCGAAGACCGGGCGUUUGUGGCUCAGGGCAACCUGUUGGCACCCCGGCUCAUGCUCUUCUUGUACCUUUGCAACAGCCGCGGUGUCAUAUGGGUUGUGGAGCAACCUGAAGGAAGUGCCUUCAGCUUGCUGCCGCGCUGGAAGGAAUUCAUUGAGUAUACGACGGUAUUCACCACAAGCUUUUGGAUGGGGGCAUUCCAGGGCCCGACGGCCAAACGGCACCGCUUGUGGUCUAACAGCCGUUCUUUACUGCAAGGGAUUUUCCAGCAUGGUGGCUACAUGUCAAGGGCAGCGAUGCAGGCUUUGCCAGGUGGGCCAUUGGUCAAAAAGUAUAAGGACAAGAAUGGCAUUGCAAGAUGCACUGGUUUGAAGGAGAAACUACGUCAAUCCCAGCUUCUUGACAGCGAAGUACAUAUGUUUGGUUGA